GGCUUCUGUUUAUCAGAUGUUAUAAAUUACUAAACGUUUACUUUCUUUUGUGAUGUCUUUGCUUAUGCAAAAUAAAUUUGACCUUGAACUUGAAAUGUUACAGUAGUGAUCUAGAAAUUCAAUGUUACUUGGGUUCAAUAAAUUUUCUUUUCUCGCAUACUAAUUCACAUACAAGUCCAAUUUCUUUUUCGCUCUUCAUCUAUCUAAGUAAUUUUAACUGAUGAAAUUUUCUAUUUCAUCUUCUAUUAAUAAUAGUUUAGUUGAAAAAUUGUUCGUAACAUCGAUAUAUCAUGGUCUUUGAAUAAACGACUAGAUAUGAGUGUAAUGAUCUGUUUCAAAACAUUAACACAUUAUUAAUGUGUGUCAUACAAUUUUUUCAAAAUUUAUCCCAGUCACUGAGUAGGUAUAAAAAAAAAGACAUUUUUUUUCUGAAAUCAUUUGCAUAUCACCUUUAGUUCUAUUUUUUUUUUUAUGUAAUAGAAAGUAAAAAGGAUAUGAUUAAUGAAAAAAACGUUAAACUCAAGUAAAACUAUGACUAUAUUUGUAUUCAGAUAGGAAAAAAUUAUCGUCAUUAAAAUCAACAAAGACAUUUUUAUUUCGUGUUAAUGUUAUAGGAAAUGCCAAUUUUUGAUUGAUUAAAUUUGUUUUUUUUUUAUUAUUGAUUGUGGAAAGCAAAAGCAUUGUAGAUAUUGAAUUAUAACAUUCAAUAAUAAUUAGAUUUUUUUCUUGAAUCAGAAUUAGAAUUCAUGUACGUCUGAACAUGUUAUAAACAGUUCAUAUAAAAUUAGUUUUUCGUAGAUAAAUGUCAAAACAAGUAGUUAAGAGAAUAAUUUAUACUUUGAGUGGGUCAUUGUAUCAUCUAUAAAACCACUCUAACUUUAUUUCCUUGAUGGUUACAACUUAGACCAAUAUCUUACUGAAUGUAUUUUUCAUUAUGAGAAGUUAAACAUUAUUUCUUUUGUUCAACUUCGUUAAAAAACACACAUAAUUUAUGUAGAAUAUUAGUUAUACAUUUGAAAUCUACUGAUAUUUUAAAAGACAUACAUUCAUGACUAGUAUUUUUCUUCUUUUUCUUCUUCUCUAUCUAUAUGUAUGUGUAAUGGAAGACAUAACUUCAAAUUGUUACAAUCAUCUGUUACAUACAUAUAUAUAUACAGAUAAAUUUAACGUAAAUGGCAUAGAAUAAUGAGUAAAUGUGACAACGAUUACUUCAGUAAAUUGACUUCCUAAAAAUAGAGAGCAUAUAACAAUAUUCGUAAGAAAGAAAUGAAAAGUAAAACACCUUUUUUCGGUACACAGGCGAGCGACCAAACGUAUUUAAAUACAUUUAUCUAAUUUGCUUAUCUAUUUUUCGCAUUUGAGAUGAUUAAAUUCGUUUCUUUUCUUUUGCUAUUUGAAUGUACACUCUUGCUUAUAAAGCAAUGAUAAUGACGAUAAGAAUUGGGAAAUUAUUUUCAAACAAAAAACGUUAUCUAAGCUUUAUUAUACCAUGAAAUGGUGCGCCUGCAUAAAAGUAAGCUAGUGACAUUCAUUUCUUUUUUUCUCUAUUUAACGAAAUAGACAUUCAUAUCUUGAUGUAUAUUUUCCUUCACAAUAAUCAGAUAAUUAUACUCUAUAUUCAUUGUCUAUCAAUUGUACAAUGAAGCAUUCUGAAGCUAUACCGCUGUAGUAAAAAGUUUUUGUUGUAUUUCUUCCGAAUAUUUUGACACAUAAAAUGUUUGAAGGUCUUAUUAAUCCUAUUUCAUACAGCGUGUAGACUCAAGAAUUUGCACUAGAGGACAGAUUUUUAACUAUUUUUGCAGACUAUGAUCGACGUUUACAUAUAUUUGUUUUGUUUUAGGAAUCAAAAUCGUCAAACAAUGUUCCUGUAGCUCCUGUAGCUGAUCUUGUUACAACAGUAACAACUCUAGAAGAUGAUAUUGAAAAAGAUAUUGACCAAUCUAACAAUGGUCCUUCUCCACCUUUGAUACAGGGACGAUUAAAAAAUCUAUCUUUCUUAAAAAGAGAAAAGUUAACUGACAGUAAUGGUAUAGCUACAACGACUGCUAAUGAGUUCGACUUAAUUAACCACAGUGAAUUAGUGAAUACAGCUAUUGAUCCUCAUUCAUCGGCAUCACCGGAAGUACUAGAAACUCGUCAUUAUGGAGUUAAUGUUCACCUUAUUCGUGGAAAAGAUUUAGCUAUCAAGGAUUUUUGGGGUAGUAGUGAUCCGUAUGUAAAAUUUACGUAUAAAAAAAGUCUUGUCUACAAAUCACAAACAAUGUUUAAAAAUUUAAAUCCAAUAUGGGAUGAAAAAUUUGAAUUUUUCAUUGAUAAUCGCUCUAUACCAUUAGUUCUUAGUAUAUUUGAUUAUGAUCGUGCAAUUCGAGAUGAUCCAAUGGGUAAUAUAACGAUUGACUUAUCAAAAUUAGAAUUAGAGAAAGUACAUGAAUUAUCGCUUGAAAUCGACAAUGAGAAUCGAACUGAUGAUAAAGUCGGUCUUAUUCGUUUGAACAUUCAACUUACACCUAAAUCAACAGAAUAUCGAGAAGAAAUGGUUCGUUCGAUAUCACAACAAGCACCACAAUCAGCGGAUGUGAAAAAACCAAUAGCAAAUAAAACUGUUGCGUGGAAUAAAAUUGUUGAAGUUCUGUUAGUAGAAGGAAAAAACUUAUUGAGUAUGGANAAUUUUCGCAUGGUUCGUUCGAUAUCACAACAAGCACCACAAUCAGCGGAUGUGAAAAAACCAAUAGCAAAUAAAACUGUUGCGUGGAAUAAAAUUGUUGAAGUUCUGUUAGUAGAAGGAAAAAACUUAUUGAGUAUGGAUGCAAAUGGUAAAGCAGACCCAUAUGUUCGAAUGAAGUUGGGUGUAGAAAGAUAUAGAUCGAAGACCAUUCGAAAAUCACUGAAUCCUCUUUGGCAACAACAAUUUUUAUUUUAUAUAUUUGAAACGUCUGUUCCACCAUUAGAAGUUACUGUAUGGGAUUAUGAUGGAGGUGGAAACAAGGAUGAGUUUAUGGGAAGAGGUGUUUGUCAAUUGUCAAAUUUGAGAGAAGAAAUUACACAUAAAUUAAACAUUCAACUCGAAGAUGGUGCGGGUGAACUCGUUUUUCUAGUUACUAUUACUGAUACAAGAGCGGCAGAUGAAGUUUUAAUGAAUAGUUCAGUUAGACAUUCUAUUGAUGCAUCAUUAACAUCAAUAAUCACCGAAGAAGAUAUUAUUAGUCAUACAUCACUUGCAUCACUUAAGACAAUACAAGAUGUCUAUGAUGUUGGUGUUGUAGAAGUAAAAGUUUAUCAAGCUCAUGAUUUACAAUCAGCUGAUAUUAAUGGUAAAUCUGAUCCAUUUUGUAUUGUUGAAUUAGAUAAUACUCGUUUGCGUACUCACACAAUUUACAAAACAUUAUUUCCUGUUUGGAAUAAAACAUUUUUGAUACCCGUUCGUGAUAUACAUUCCGUAUUAGAAAUAACUGUAUUUGAUGAAGAUAAAAAUAAAGUUGCCGAAUUUCUUGGAAAAAUUGCCAUACCAUUAUUUGCAAUUAAAAAUGGUGAACGAAAAUGGUAUACAUUAAAAGAUCGAAAAUUAUUAAUUCCAGCUAAAGGUGUAAUUGAAAUUGAAAUGACAUUAGCAUAUGGAAAUCUUAAAGCAAUGCUUCGAACAUUUACACCAAAAGAACAAAAAUAUUUUCAAAAUGAACCAAAAUUGAAACUUGCAGUUCUUCGACAAAACAUAACUCGAAUACAAAAUAUGUUAAUGGCUGUGUUAAAUGUAUUCAAAUUUAUUAACUAUUGUUUUGAAUGGAAAAAUCCUGUAUUAAGCUCUUUUGCAUUUCUGAUAUCGGUAUUACUCGUAUGGAAUUUUGAACUUUACAUGUUACCGCUAACGUUAAUAGCAUUAUUUGCAAGAAAUUUUCUCGCCGAAUAUCGACGGUAUUAUACGGGUGAUUCAAAUACAAUCACAGACGAAAAUUUAACCGCAGCGAUAGAAAAUGAGGCGAUUGAUGAUGAUAUUGAUGAGAAUGCAAGUACAAAAGAAGAAAAAAAGUCAAUUCGUGAAAAAAUUCAAGCAUUUCAAGAUACUGUUCUUGAAGUCCAAGAAGCACUUGAUACUCUUGCUUCAUCGGCUGAGCGUUUAAAAAAUACAUUCAAUUUUUCCGUGCCUUGGUUAUCUUGGCUAGCCAUUAUUGUUCUACUUGUUGUGACAUUUAUUUUAUAUAUGAUUCCAUUACGAUAUCUUCUACUGGCAUUUGUUAUAAAUAAGUUUACUAAACGUUUUCGAAAAGGUCCAGAUUAUAUUGACAAUAAUGAAGUAUUCGAUUUUAUAUCACGAUUGCCUAGUGAUAUGGAAUUAAUACAAUAUCGUGAAUUAAAAGUAAUUACACGUUCAACAGCAGCAAACAAAAAGAAACAAACAAAUUCGAAAAACUAG